AUUCAUGAUGACACCCUGAGAUUCCGCGAAAUUGCUACUUUGAGAAGGUACCCUGAAAUGCAGUAGCCUGAAACGAAUGGUAUUGAUGCCUGUGUCUUUCGGCAGGGGAUCACAAGCGUGGGAUGUUGCUAUAGAUCAACAUAAUUUUUGGUUUCAUUUCAUCGGUUGGAUGUUGUCUUUUUUUAAAAAGCUUCUCUUCUCACCAUCAAAAAUACUUAGAGCUUUCAAAUUGAAGUUGUUAUUUUAGGUUUGCCCACUCCAUCGCAUUUCGCGUGACGGCUUCUAUUGGAAUUGUGUUGCUAUUUAGAACACUGUAGGAAACACGUGUGGCCCAGCCGCAUGUUUCUUGAAACAUUGUCAAUGUUUCGGCGUUAUAGCCAUUUGAACCAAAACGCGAGUAGACUAAAGAUCAGCAGCGAAAUAGGACUGCUGCGUUGAUUUAAAACUUUUACGGAUUUAGCAGCCUAUACCCGCAUAAUCUUUACCGUUAUGUCAGAUCUGGCUGUGAAGUGUUUGGACUCAAUCUCUAACUGUUUGAACAAAAAUGACUGUCCUAUGGACGAAUUGACCAAAGAAAAUCAAGAAAAUAGGACUUUGCUGAUGGUGGCUAUGAUUUUACUUGACCUGAAACAGUGCGAUUCAUCUGCUCGAAGCAACGUCGGUACAAGUAAAUGUUUAGAAGAUGACGCAGAUAAUCAGUCAACAGAGGAUGAAGCGCGGAAUCCCUUAACCGGACGAUGUCCACCAAAUACAAGGGUGGUUAAGCAGAGUCAUCGGCGCACCGGGAGGUCACACGUGUCCCCGGAAAAGAAACACUGUUGUCCCUUCGAUGGUUGUGGCAAAACCUAUGGCAAAUCAUCUCAUCUCAAAGCGCAUUUGAGAGUUCAUACAGGUGAACGACCCUUCCAGUGCACGUGGCCAGACUGUGCCAAGAAGUUCUCGCGCUCGGAUGAGCUGACUCGUCACGUUCGGACACACACCGGAGAGAAACGCUUCACCUGUCCACUGUGUGACAAGUGCUUCAUGAGGAGCGACCACCUCACCAAGCACGCGCGUCGGCACGUGGGCUUCCACCCGAGCAUGCUCCACACCGCAUCGGGCCGGAGACAGCGGUCCUCUUCGUCCAUCUCGUCAUCUGGCUCGAGUGACAUGCUGUCUGGAUGCGUGUGAUGGGCGCAAUUAACUCUUCAAAACACACACACACACACACACACACACACACACACACACACACACACACACACACACACACACACACACACACACACACACACACACACACACACACAAUGUACUGUACUCACAAGCAGACAUGCCCAGGGGAGCUGCAGCUGAAUACCCUUGUACAGUCCUAUGGAGUGGACCACUUGUAAAAAAUGUUGUGGUGUAAGGUAGCUUUUUCAUAGAUCAUUAAUAAUUAAUAAUUAACUAGAUUAAAUGCUAUAUGGUUAUAACAUUUUAAAGACAUGCAACCGAAUGUAAUGUGGUCGAGAGGAAAUAUGUUGCUGAUGUAGUGAUAUCAAUAUAUGAUAUAUAUUUCCCACCCUGUAGACACUGGUUUACCCAUAUUGUGGAUCACUUCUGUUUUCCUGGGGAAUUUAAUCUGAUCAUCCUAUAUGGGUGUUGUUACAUUGCUUUCCAUCUUUGCAUGGAUUUAUUGUUAUUAGAAGGAGGGGAGAAAGAGUGAAUUGUAGUCUAGGCCUAUGCUACUAUACUACAGGGCUGCGUUACCCAAAACCAUAGUUGCUAACUACAGUAAGUUACAGUAGCAAUGUUGUCGGUUGCAAUGCAGUAUCCCAUUGCCAACCAAUUAAGUUGCUAAAAGUUUAGCAACUAAUGUUUUGGGGAAACGCACCCCUGACUAUAGCCAUAGUUUUGUAACAUGGUUGGAAUUCAUUCGUGUACAUGCGGUCAUGUCCAUUAGCCUACUGAUUGGAAUGGAAAGACCAUUUUUCCUUACUAAUCUGGGCAACAAAGGGUUAGGUCCUCUAUGCUAUUCAACAUGUAUGAAUGCCAUCACCUAGCCUAUUGUAUAUCAUGUCCACACUACAUACAGCAGAGGAAUGUUUGUGUUCAAGGCCUUCUCCGUGUGUGCCCUCUAGUGGUUUUAAGAUACAACUGUCACUUUCAGAACUGCAGUUGUGCCUCAUCAGAACUAAAUGUUCUACUUCUGUUUUAAAGUCGGGGUAUUUUUUUUUUUAUGUGAGUGGGGAGGGUAAUUUGAAUGUAGCUGUUUGUACUGUGAACACGCCAUAGCUGUCUACCAAACCUGCCUUUGUUAAAUCAUGUUUAUCAGUCAGUGUAUAUAUGUGAAGCCAAAUCAGACACUACAGAUGAAUACUGUCAGCAAUACUGUAUCCAUAUAGACAGGUUGCCUUUCAUACUGAUAAAUCACUAUGUGUGCCUUUAAUUGAAAUGGGCAUAUUCAUGUCAAAAUGAAAUUAUAAUUGCUGUAUUAAUAUCCAAUACAAAUGUAAUAAAUCCUCUAAAAAUAA